AUGGCUGCAUACCUUACACAACGUAUAACCCACCCUCACCACGGCAUUCCCGUCUCUCGCGCCCAAACACCGGCUCCUGAGAAAACUGCAAAAUGCACACAUCCGAUCCCAAAUGUCGCCGCGAAAGGUGUUCCAUUUUUCACACCAGAGCAGGAUCCCGUCGCCGGCAGUGCUGUGGAACCUCAACCAUCGGGUCAAGCUGUCCCCAAGAUCUUCACGCCACUAAAAAUCCGUGGUAUUACCAUGCCAAAUCGUAUUUGGGUCAGCCCAAUGUGCCAAUACAGUGCUCACGAGGGCUUCCACACCCCAUGGCACAUCACCCACUACGGUGGAAUGGUUCAACGAGGUCCUGGGCUCAUGAUGGUGGAGGCAACCGCUGUGCAGGCCAACGGGCGCAUUACCCCUGAGGACUCGGGUAUCUGGCUUGAUGCUCAUGUCGACACUCUCAAGAAACACGUCGACUUUGCCCAUAGCCAAAACGCCCUCAUUGGUAUUCAGUUAGCCCAUGCAGGUCGAAAAGCUUCUACCGUGGCACCUUGGCUUAGCUCCGGGGCCACUGCUACAGAAGAGGUGGGCGGUUGGCCCUCAGACGUCGUCGGUCCAAGCAAUAUUCCAUUUGAUGAGCAUUAUCCAGUUCCUCGGGCUAUGACUUUGGCCGAAAUUGACCAGUUCAGACGUGACUUCAUCUCCGGGGUGCGUCGAGCUGUUCGCGCUGGAUUUGACGUAGUUGAGCUGCACUUUGCGCAUGGAUAUCUUGUCUCGAGCUUCUUGUCGCCGGCCGUGAACAAGCGGAGAGAUCAAUAUGGCGGCAGCUUUGAAAAUCGUGCCCGUCUAGCCCUGGAGCUCGUUGACGCUACACGAGAGGUCAUUCCCAAAGAUAUGCCGCUGUUUGUGCGAAUCAGUGCCACCGACUGGCUUGACACAAAUCCAGAUUGGCAAGACGGCCCGAGUUGGACGGUCGACGAGAGUGUCACAUUGGCCAAGCUCUUUGCACAGCGGGGAGUAGAUGUCUUGGAUGUGUCUAGUGGUGGAAAUCAUGCGCAACAGAAAGUUAUUGGCGGACCUGGUUACCAGGCUCCGUUUGCCAAGAAGAUCAAGGCGGCUGUCAAGGAUUCACUCUUGGUCAGCUCGGUCGGGAGUAUCAAAACUGGCAAUGUUGCUCAAGAUAUAAUUCAAGGUGGUAAAGAUGGGGAGGACACACCUCUUGAUCUUAUCGCGGCUGGUCGCAUGUUUCAGAAGAACCCGGGACUAGUCUGGUCUUGGGCGGACGAUUUGGGCGUUACGAUAAAUGUUGCCCACCAGAUUGGAUGGGGGUUUGGGGGCAGGGCAUCCAAGAAACCGGCAAAGGUGAACAGUCAACAUUCGUCGAUACCCUAG